AUGGAUCCGUUUGUGUACUUGAUACUGUUCGUUUUGGUGAUCAUUUUUGUCGUUCUAUUACCUUUGCUUGGAGGCAUCGGAUCAUACUCUGUGAAGAAGAAUGACGCUAGAGGGUCGAAUAAGGGUAGAUCCGGCACGGAUAAGAAGCGGUUGAAGCUGGAGAAGGAGGAUAUUCCAUUGAAGUUCAAGGUUGGGCUCGAAAAAGACGGUAAGAAGGAGGGAAAGAGGUUUGAAAUCGAUGGGAAGACUGGGUUGAAAAGACGUGUGAUUGGCAAGUACAGCAACAACGAGAACGAGUUUGACUACGAUGUGGACGAGUUGAUUGCCGAGGACUUGAAGGAGCAGCAGGAGGAGGAGUCUGCGAGAUAUGAGCAGUUUUUGGGCAAAGAAAACGAGACUCAAGAGCUUCUAGUGUGA